AUGGUUCUGCCGGAGAGAUCCUCGCGCCAAUCCCUCAUCCCUACCUUCCUCUAUUCACCCUCACCAGCGGUGAUCUGCGCCAGAUCCCUAGGCUUUGAAUGGCUACUGUCCAGGAGCCAUGGUGCUGCGUCGAGCUCGGGUUCAUUGUCCUCGCCUCUCUCGUCCCAUGAAGGGCCCUUCGAGGCCGUUCCUUGUCCCUGCGCCUAAGGAGAAGAUUGAGCUCUACUCGCCUCAGUUCUAUGCGGCCUCUAUUGCCGGAGGGAUCGCCAGCUGUGGUCUCACCCACAUGGCCGUCACGCCCCUGGAUCUCGUUAAAUGUAACAUGCAGUUGGGUGUUGGAAAAUUUCGGAGGUUUUGUGACGCUUGGAGAGUUUGGUUUUUGUGACUAUUGGUGCAACCUCUCGUGGUCUCUACAUUCAUUUGCUCUCGAAAUUCUUUUCAUGGUCCUGUCGGGUGUUAUAAUGUACUAUGCUAUGUAUGAUACUAGUGUUAUUGGUACCUUAUGAUGGGUUUCGCCAACUUUGUCGUCAACCUUCUUAUGAGAGGUUCACCUUUUUUUAAUUAUUCUACCAACAAAUGCUGUAGAUAGACAAUCAAACUCGGUCUUCAUCUACGCUCUCUCUACAGAACAUUUUUUAGUUAUGCUCCAUGGUUGCGUUAAGUUGAUUUACGUUAGGGUUUUGGUGAUUCUCGUGGGUUUUAGGAACCUACUUCCAAUAUCAGAUCUGGUCAAUGGAUAGGAAAAGGGUUCCAUUGACAAAAUGAUUUGCUACGUUUUCGUGGAUCUGUGGCAGAUAUAAUUAUAUCAAUUUAUUUAUGUGCUAAUGUUAAUUCUGUGCCUGCAGCCUCAAAUAUUCCUCCUAAUCUGCCAUUUUCCUCAUGAUCUGUUUGCCUGCAUGUGGUAUUGUUGCUUUGGUUUGGCAUCUCUCGUCUUCUUUUUUUGCUGCUCAAAUCUUCAAUUGAACACUGCAUUUCCCUUUUAGGCUCUUUGGGAAAAUUCUUGCAGCGAUGAGGGAUAGUUUAUUUUUUACCUUGUAACAGUCAAAUGGGGUUUGAGGUGUUCUAUUGAGUCUUCAGACUUUUGGGGGGCUCAGGAUUUACAUUAAGUUCUCUAUACUUAAUUGUAUGUGUUUCCUUUCAUUUAGUCGUAAAUAUUAUUUUCCACUGUUACAAUGUGUCAUCCCCUUAACAGAAUUGCCACUGAAUAUCAUAAUUACAAUUGCCUCAGAUCGAUCCCAUAAAAUACAAGAGUAUCACAUCCGGCUUUGGUGUUCUGCUUAAGGAACAGGGCGUCGCAGGCUUUUUCAGGGGUUGGGUACCUACCCUUCUUGGGUACAGCGCUCAGGGUGCUUGCAAGUUUGGAUUCUAUGAGUUCUUUAAGAAGUAUUAUUCUGAUAUUGCUGGGUCCGAGAAUGCUACAAAAUAUAAAACAUUAAUCUAUCUUGCGGGGUCUGCAUCUGCUGAAGUUAUCGCUGAUAUUGCUCUUUGCCCUAUGGAGGCUGUAAAGGUGCGAGUCCAGACGCAGCCUGGAUUUGCCAGGGGUCUAUCAGACGGGUUGCCCAAAUUUGUCAGAUCUGAAGGCGUGCUAGGGUAUGGUGUGCUCCAUUUCUUUUUUCAAUGGGUUCAAUGCAAAACGGAUUCACUCCUUGGUUUACUGCUUUUCACCUUUCAGGUUGUACAAGGGACUUGGUCCUCUUUGGGGACGCCAGAUACCAUGUAACACUUCUUCAUUCUUCUCUUCUUGCCAUGCAACUUGGGUUCUCCUUUUUCUAUUAUUUUCGCUGAAGUUCAUAUUAUACUUUCUACUGAGUUCAUGUGUGAAAUAAUUGAAGAAAAUUGGAGCUACAGCUACUAUUUUUUUUAUUGAAAUAUCAUAAUUUUUUGUUCUUUAAUUUUCUCUCAAAGUUCUAGUCUGAUGCUAGACAUAGACGUGUUUUUUGCCAUGCAUAAAGUAUGUUAUUUCGGAUAGUCAUAUCUAUUGUUUGAUUUAUUACUUUGUUUUACCAUCUCAAUCAUCAGCUCGGUAUACAUUUUACCAUAGUGGAUUUUUUUUGCUCCUUUUUAUUAAAGAUGUCAGUCCUUUCUAAAGGUGGCAACAAUAAUCAUGAAUCGGGUUUUGAGGUCAGCUGAAUUUUUUUUCUAUGUGAAGCGGAAGUUGACUGCAAUGUAGCUUCACAUGAUUUAUUUGACUUCAAUGCUUACAUUCAGGUUGUCUUAAUGAAUGAAUUAGAUGCUUUGUAAAUCCAACAGAAAUAAAAAGGGUUAUGUGGUGCCACAGUAAAACAACCAGUACUCACUUCUUCUAGUAGUCUGAAGAACAAUCAUAUUGGUAGAUGCAUAUAUUGUGUUUCUUAUUCUUUAUGAUGUUUUUCAGAACAUAAUCUUGAUUUAAUCAUAGUGCCCUCUGUUUUCGAGAUGUACUCAAUAACAUGUAUACCUUACAAGUUUACAUAUAUGUCCCCAUGUACCUUUCAUUUCGUGUAACAUUAGUGUGUCUAGAACCUUCUAGGAAUCUGGUAUAAAUACUAGAUCCUACUCUCCUUGUAAACUGUUUUUUGAUCAAUAAAGUUAGAGUCCUUCCACGAGUUCUGGGCACCUAUCAGAGCUCCAGAUCGUGUGUUAUCUCGACUACAUGGUAUCAGAGCCAUUCUAGGGUUUUAAACCCUAUUUUUCAACACCGUCAUAGUUGACGCUGCUUUGUUGGCGUUCUCUCCAUCGUUUGCUGGAGUUACAGGCGCUGUAUACUUCUGACAAGGGAUCUUCUCCUUAGCUGUGUUUCUUUCAGAGCGAAUCCAGGUGUGAUUGCUCCAUUUCUUUGCUUCCGCACUGAUCUACUGGUCUGUUACGGUUCUUGCACUGUUUUUUCUUGUCUCUAUUGAGAUUUGUUCACGAAUUUGAUUUUUCGUGAAUGUGGACAUUCUCUUUAAAUGGAGAAUGUGGGAGACAAUUGUUCAUCAACUGUGGGGGAUCCAAUCUCCACACGGGAAGUUAAUCUUGGUUCAAGUGGUCCAAGAUUACUCAUAGAACUUCCUGCAAUGCCUGCAGAGUUCAAAUUUACUGGAUACAAUUUGAUUCAAUGGUCAGAAUAUGUUUGACUGGAAGAGGGAUGUUACAUCAUCUGAUGGAGGGGAAACCGGAUCCAUUGUCUCGAGAAUUUCGUAGAUAGAGAGAAGAAGAUGCAUUAAUCAAAACCUGGCUUUGGGGAACAAUGAUUCCCCAAAUUAGUCGAGAUUUUUUCUUUCUAUCUACAGUCAAAGAUAUGUGGGAAACAGUUCACACGAAAUUCUCACAAAGAAAUUAUGAGGCACAUUUAUAUGAACUUGAGACAAAAUCCAUCUCCAUAAUUCAAGGAAAUAAAUCUGUGAUGGAAUAUAUUGGAGAAUUGAAAAUUUAUGGCGGGAAAUCGAUUAUUAUCUCAGCAUUGAUAUAGAAAAACCUGCAGAAAUUAUUGUCCUACGACAUUUUAUAGAACUAAGAAGAGUGUUUUAAUUUUUGGCUGGACUUGAUUCUAUUUUUGAUCAAGUCAGACAACAAAUUUGAGUCGUGAAAGGAAAUGUGAUUUGGAUGAAGCUAUUUCCGUCAUUUUAAAUGAGAAAAGUCUCGGAAAUUAAUGUUGUCAUUGCCUGAAGUUGACAAUACUGCAUUUAUGAUUAAAUAGGGAGAAAUUAUGAAGAAAACCUCAGAUCAAGCUAAACGAUCCCAGCAUUGCCAAGGAAGAAAUCAGAAGACUGAUUUUCGUGAUAAUCUGUGGUGUACAUAUUGCAGGAAAGCUCGUCACACUAGAGACAGAUGUUAUAAACUUGGUAAACCACAAAAUUUUGUCACUGAAAAAUAUGGCUGUCAAUCACAUUUGGCAGCAGGAUUACCGACUAGUUAGUCUUCAGAUUCCCAAGUCAAUCAACAUUCUUCUUCUCCUCAGAUUGAGGAUAUAGAGCGACUUCGAAUUGAGUUAGGAAAACUGAAGUCGACAGUGACACAGUUCUCAUCAAUUCAGCCUGGUAUGUUUCACCACUCUCUUGGAGUUAGAGUUUCUUCUGGAGAUAUUUUUAAUAAUUGGGUAGUGGACUUGGGAGCAACGGACCAUAUGACCAACUCCCCCAGCCUUUUCACUAAAUACAACCCCUGUCCUAGUGACAGAAAAGUGACUACUGCAGACAGAUCCUUUCUAACCGUCGCAGGUAUAGGAGACAUUAGACUUGAAUCUCUAAGGGUUCUUACUAAUGUUCUUCAUGUCCCCAAGUUAUUUACAAACCUCAUUUCAGUUAAAAACUUGUUAGAGACUCACCUUAUUAUGUCUUUUUUGAUGAAGAUGUCUGUGUCAUAUUUGAUAAGGUACAUCAUUGGAGGAUUGGAGUUGUUAGAGAGCGUGAAGGUUUUUAUCUUCUAGAAGGACCGAGCCAAACACAUCUAGUGGAAGUGAAUCAAUCUCUAGAACCUCUAGAAGAUGUCCUUAAGAUACGAUUACUUCAGUGACAGAUGGGUCAUCCAUCCUUUAGCACUUUGAAAAUAGUUUUUCCUACUUUGUUUCGAAAUGUGUCAUUGGACACUCUUAAAAUGUAAUGUGUGUGAACUUUCUAAACCCACACAUACUUCAUUUUAAAAUCAAGGGGAAAAGAGUGAUGUUCCUUUCUUCCUAUUUCAUAGUGACAUAUGGGGACCAUGUCCCAUUAAUGACAUUCAUGGUAAUAAAUGUUUUGCCACUUUCAUUGAUGAUUGUACAAGAUGUAUGUGGGUCUUCGUUAUCAAACAAAAAUCUGAUAUGUGUGAUGUUCUGAAUUUUUUUUGUGCCAUGAUAAAAAAUCAGUUUGGCACUAGUAUUAAAAAAAUUCAGAUCUGAUGAUGUUAAAGAGUAUUUUAGCCAAAAUCUGAAUUUAUACUUCCAAACAGAGGGCAUCAUACAUGAAUCCUCCUGUGUCUAUACCCCACAGCAGAACGGUUUAUCUGAAAGAAAAAAUCGUCAUCUUUUAGAAGUCACUUGAUCAAUUUUAUUUCAGCAUCAUAUAGCUAACGUUUUUUGGGGGGAGGCUGUUCUAACAGCCACAUACCUCAUCAACUGAUUACCAUCCAGAACCUUAGGCUUCCUCAGCCCGUUAGAUUCAUUAGCCAAGUUUUUCUCAGACCAUCAACUUAAAACUAGGCUAGAACCUAAGACAUUUGGUUGUCUCUUUUGUUCACGUUCAUAAUCAAAUCAAAGGCAAACUAGAACUAAGAUCACUUAAAUGUGUAUUUCUUGGUUAUGCUACCAUCAAAAGGUGUACAAAUGUUACCACCCUCCUUCUAGAAUUUUUUUUAUUUCACUGGAUGUUACAUUUCAUGAAUCUGAUUCUUAUUUUAAAGAAUCUCCAUCUAGCGAUCAACAUCUAUUUUCUACAGCUCAUAUGGAUCAACAUGUAGAUUCUUCACUCUCGUCUUCAGCUGGUAACCUGUUCAUUCCCAUUUCAGUCCCUGAAAUACCCAGUCCUAUAUUGAAUUCGCUUCCUGAAAACCUAAGGUUUGGCAAGGUUUAUUCUAGGCGAGGGGAAAUUCACGAUUCACCAAAAAUCCAAGAUUCUGAUCUGGCCUUAGAAAAUAUACAGCCAUUAACAUCACCUUCAUCUGAUGAUCCUGUAGUCUUACCUCACGACUCACUUCCCAUUGCCCUGCGCAAACCUGUAAGGGAGUGUACAAAAACACCCUUGUACCUAGCUGCCAAUUUUCUGUCUUAUCACAGACUUUCUUCACCCUAUCAAUCAUUCCUUGCAUCCUUAGACACCACUACCAUUCCAAAAAAUCUCUCGGAGGCUCUAUCCUAUCCUAAGUGGAAACAAGCCAUGGAUGAGGAGAUGAGAGCUCUUGCAAAAAAUCAGAUAUGGGAUCUAGUGGAAUUACCACGAGACAAGAAGACUGUUGGUUGCCAAUGGGUGUACACAGUGAAAUAUAAAUCGGAUGGUUCGAUUGAGAGGUAUAAGGCCUGGCUGGUGGCUAAGGGUUAUACACAAGUAUAUGGAAUAGAUUAUCAAGAGACUUUUGCACCAGUGGCCAAAAUGAAUACAUUUCGUUUUUAACUGUCCUUAGCAGCAAUUUUCAGCUGGAAUAUUCAACAAUUUAAUGUUACAAAUGCAUUCUUGCAUGGUGAUUUGGUUGAAGAAGUUUACAUGACUCUUCCACCAGGAUAUGAGGGUAAUCAUUCAUCUAAUCUUGCUUGCAAGUUAAAGAAACCCCUUUAUGGCCUCAAACAGUCUCCACGUGCAUGGUUUGGAAGGUUUACAGUAGCCAUGAAGAAACUGAAUUACAACUAAAGUAAUGCUGAUCACAUUAUUUUUUAAACACUCUUCUUCAGGAGGAGUUACAGUUCUAUUAGUUUAUGUUGAUGAUAUUAUCAUCACAUGAGAUGAUGAAGGGGAGAUCCAAAACUUGAGCAAUUGUUUGGCCCAAGAGUUUGAUGUCAAGACUUUGGGACAACUCAAGUAUUUUUUAGGAAUCGAAGUGGCACAUUCUUCUAAAGGCAUUUUUAUUUCUCAAUGAAAGUACAUAACAGAUUUAUUAGCUGAAACAGGGAAAUCUGCAUGUAAACCAGCCAAUACACCUAUUGAUCCAAACCAGAAAUUGUGUAUGGCAGAUGAAGAAAUUUCUAUUAAUCGUGAGAUGUAUCAACGUCUCAUUGGCCGACUACUUUAUCUAACAUACACUCGACCGAAUAUCUCAUAUGCAGUGAGUAUAUUGAGCCAAUUUAUGCAUCAACCUAAAGAGUGUCAUUUACAUGCUGCCUACCGAGUGCUACAUUAUUUGAAAGGCACACCAGGAAAAGGGGUUCUUUUUAAACGAAGUGGAAAGGUAGAGGUUGAGAUGUUUACAGAUGCUGAUUAUGCAGGCUCAACGAUUGCUCGAAGGUCAACCUCCGGUCAUCUUACUUUUGUUGGUGGCAACCUUGUCACUUGGAGGAGUAAAGCAUAGAAUGUAGUUGCUCGAUCAAGUGCUGAGGCUGAACUUAGGGCACUUGCCCAAGGAAUAUGUUAGUUACUUUGGGUCAAGAACUUAAUUGACGAGUUAAAAAUUCCUUUAUUCAGUCCUAUGAAGAUUGAUUGCGACAAUAAGUCAGCAAUCAAUCUAGUGCACAACCCAGUACAGCAUGACCGUACCAAACAUGUGGAGAUUGAUCGCCAUUUCAUCAAAGAGAAACUUGAGGCUAAUGUGAUUUGUGUAUCAUACAUUUCAACAAAUAAUCAGUUGGCAGAUACGCUUACUAAAGGCAUCUCGGGGACACAACUGCAGAAGAUUAUUCCCAAGCUGGGAAUGGACGACAUCCAUUCACCAGCUUGAGUAGGAGUGUUGUCGAGAUGUACUCAAUAACAUGUAUACCUUACAAGUUUACAUAUACGUCCUCAUGUACCUUUCAUUUCGUGUUACAUCAGUGUGUCUAGAACCUUCUAGGAAUCUAGUAUAAAUACUAGAUCCCACUCUCCUUGUAAACUGUUUUUUGAUCAAUAAAGUUAGAGUCCUUCCACGAGUGUUGGGCAUCUAUCAGAGCUCCAGACCGUGUGUUAUCUCGACUACACCCUCAUAUUCCUUUAGAUGACUAUUUUGUCCUUGUCUUUUUUGUUGUCCUAUCAGUAUAACUCUUGAAAAGAAAAGAAAAGAAAAGAAAACCAUCGUCUAAAAAAAUACAAAAGUUGAACAAUUUGCCUGAUAUAGACACUCAUUUUCCAUAUUUGGCUAGAUCUUUUCCAGGCAUGCCUUGCUGCAUUGCUCCACAUUUGUAGUUCUACACGUUGAAAUUACUUUGCCAAUGUAUUAUUAUGGUUAGGACAUUUGAAUGCUCUUGCUGCAUCCCCUCCCUGUGAUUCGAAUGCUUCAAAGACAUUCAUAUGAUGCAAACAGUCGACUUGAAUAUAAUAAUUUAUCACCUAUUGUGCUUCAUCUCAAGUACAAUCACAUCAAGAGACAUUGUUUGUAGCGUCCUUGUUAAUCUGCUGUAAUUUAAUUCUAGUUGUAGGUUUGCAACUUUUUUUUAUGAACGAAAUUGCAUAACUGUUUCAAAUAGUUAUUCAUGGGUACUUUCCAAUCAGAUUCUCAAUUCUGUUUUUGUUUGAUGAUUGUGUGGUCCGUUUGUAGCGGUUUUCUUUCAUUUCUUUGUUAUUUGACGGGAAUUACCUUCAGACAAGAGUUAAUUAGGUUUCUUUGGUCGAGAUGUUCAUUCUCGUUUCAAGCAUAUGGACGGUUAGAUUAUAUGCUUGGAUUUAACAAAUGAACUUGCUUGCUAGCAGAUCUUCAUAUUUACUGGCGUUUAAUCUGAUUGUGUGGCGAAGUUUGUAUUCUAGGAUGACUCCAUUGAAUGAAACGAAUUUCCAUUCUCAGAUACAAUGAUGAAGUUUGCAUCCUUUGAGACCAUUGUGGAGAUGAUCUACAAGCAUGCAUCCCCACACCCAAGGACCAGUGCAGCAAGUCACUCCAGCUUGGUGUGAGCUUUACUGGUGGCUAUGUAGCUGGGUUCUUCUGUGCCAUUGUCUCCCACCCUUCUGACAAUCUGGUUUCAUUCCUCAACAACGCCGAAGGAGCUACUGUUGGUGACGUGAGUGGUCCUCUCAGUUUCCCGCUCUUCCCCCUCCCACACACACUUGUAUUUGCAUUGCUUGUGACGGUGCUCGUUGCUCUAUCUUGCUUAGGUGGUCAAGAAGCUCGGACUAUGGGGCCUCUUCACUCGCGGGCUUCCCCUGCGUAUUGUGAUUAUAGGCACCCUCACCGCUGCUCAGUGGGUAAUCUAUGACGCAUUCAAAGUCUUUGUUGGCUUGUGGGUUUCUCUCGAUCAAUCUUUCAGUACGGCUUUUCAGAAAAGCGUGGAGAGAGUAUAAACUUUGAGUGUUCUCUAUUUCUGAUUCUUUCUUGUCUUCUGAACUUUCAGACCAACCACAGGUGGAGUCACGCCUGGUCCUGGUCCUGCUCCAGCUCCAGCUCCAGCUGCUUGA